AUGAUAACUUGUGCUAGAUGGCUCAAGGCAUGGACCGUGGGCGUGACGAUGGGCGGCGGCUACACUCUCCUCGACUCGAAGAUGAACCACGACUACAUCUGCAUGCUGCCAGCGUGGUGCCCUGAUUCAUACACGCUGUACAACGGGCAGUGCUUCAAGGUGUUCGAGGCCAACUCCGACCUGCCCUCCGCCCUGGCCUCCUGCAACGAGGAAGGGGCUGCCCUGGCCUACCCCGAGGACACCGCCACCUUAGAUUUCUUGAGGGAUCUGGCCAAGACAUCGGUCAGCUGGGCCAACGGGACCACGCAAGCAAAUUUGGCCCUAGGAAUCAGCUUUGAGUGGGACGACCCAACCCUCGGAGGCACGUACACGAUCUCAGACGACUUGCUCGCGGCGGCCAACAGCUCGACGGGCGAUCCGCUGUCUCUCGAGGGCCUCACCGGGCGCCUCCUGACGGUGGAGAGGGACUCCGACGCCUGGGCCUUCACUCCGACCUCGCUCUUCAACGUGACAACCUACGCCAUCUGCCAGUUUAAGGGGCUCGUUGGGUGCUGGACGGCCCCCCCUCUGGAUCAGAAUAAAACUUCUGUACAGAAAUACAACGUCAAAAUUAUUUCCGAAACAGUGACAUACCAGUGCAAACCCGGCUACUUCACUCUCGGCGAACGAGGCAACAAGACGGACCAGAGUUUGGAGUGCCUUGGCCAGCUGGGGGGUUGGUGGCCCUCGUCGGAAUCCUUCCUCAUACCCUGCUACGGCCUGGAUGUCUGCUUCGACGAGCCGACUCCCCUGCCCUACAUGUCGAUCACCAACAACGCUACCUUCCGCUACCACACCUUCGGCCUCACCUACGCCUGCGACCACAGCAACAACGGCAUGCGGACCCUCGACCUGCAGGCUACGCAGAGAUACACCUGCACGGAGAUCACGAACUCUACCUAUAACGGCACUCACGACGGGGACUUCAAUUACACUUAUAGCUAUAGGCCUGAGGACGAGCUUCUGCACUGCAAUCGAUGCGCGGCGUCUCCCACCAUCCUCGGCGCCACGCACACAUUCUCCGCCUCUGAAGUUUACGUCAUCGGCGACAACAUAACAGCCACGUGUCAGGAGAGUUAUCUGCUCGAGUUGGAUGUCACGGAACAGACGGUCACGUGUCUGCAUAACGGAUGGAGUUUCCAAGACUGUGUUAGAGUGUGCCUAACGACGCCCUCAGUAACGAACGCCACGACGACCCACCAGCAUGAUAUGUGGGAAGUGAGCGAGGAGGUGACGGCGACCUGCAUCGGCGACCUGUACUUCGCCGACGCCCAAACGCAGACGCGGCAGGUCAAGUGCACGUUCAACGGCUGGGUGGAGGCGCCCGGAUGCGAGACAGUGUGCAAGGAGAAGCCCGUGGUGGUGAACGCGACGGUGGACUGGUCGGACACGCGCAUGAGGAAGGUCGGGGAGACCGUGACAGCGACCUGCCUCCCCGGGCACGGCGUCACGGGCGCCAGGAACGAGACCCAACAGCAGGUCACAUGCACGGACCACGACUGGGAGCAGAAACCGGCGUGCGAACUGCUGGUCUGCACCGACACACCGACGGUCGGAAAUGCGACGGUCGGCUGGUCGGCUGGACUGUGGUUGGUCGGGCAGGUCAUCAACGCGUCCUGCCUGGACGGGUACCACCUGCUGAGCGACGGCGCCACGGAGCAGACGCUGGCCUGCACGAUGGACGGCUGGGAGGCCAAGCCCGCGUGCAGGAUAGCCUGCCUCGCCCAGCCGGACUUCGGCGAGGCGAACUCCACCUGGACGGCCCGCCUGUGGCUCGAGGGCGAGACCGUGGAGGCCAGCUGCGCCGAGGACCACCUGGACGUCAACGGCAACGCCCAGCAGACGGUCGAGUGCGCGGAGGGCGGCUGGCGCGACCCUUCGCCCUGCAUGUACGUGCCCCCCGGAGCCGUCAUCUGCACAGGGGAACCGACGGUGACCAACGCCGAAACGGACUGGUUCACGGCCGUCUGGAUGUCCGGAUCAGUCGUCAAUGCCACCUGUCUGUCGAGUCACUAUGCUCUGGAGGUCGGGAGUGAUGUCACGGUGCAGGCCAUUGCAUGCACGGAGAAUGGCUGGGAAAAUGGGAGUGCCUGCGUGAGAGUAUGCGAAGGAUCACCCGGAGACUUCGGCGUCGCGACCACCGACUGGGAGGACCGGAAGUACUACGUGAACGAAACGGUCUUUGCCACCUGUCAAGAGGACCAUCUCUUGGCCAACGGAUCUGUCAAUCAGACCGUCAAAUGCACAGACACCGGCUGGGAGACACCCUUGCCUUGCCUUCUUGUGCAAUGCCCGGGGCCCGAAAUAGCGAACGCGGUGGAGCAGUUCAACACCAGCGUGUUCAACGUGAGCCAGGAGGUCGUCGUGACCUGCAUGGAUGACCACUUCCUCAGGAGGGGCGUGCAGGUGCAGACGCUGGAAUGCGGCGUGGACAGCACGUGGGGGGAGAUCCUGCCCUGCGUCAGAGCAUGCGACGGAGAACCUUUCGUCCAGAACGCCAACAUCACGUGGAACGAGAGUGAAUUCUGGACCGUAGGAAAGUACGUGGUGGCGACGUGCUACCCCGAGUUCCAUGUGUCUACGAACGUGUACACGCACCUCGUCACCUGCACUGAAGAGGGCUGGGACGAAACGACCCGCUGCUCCACGUACAACGAGGAAAUCUAA